CCUGGGGGAGGCGGGGUCCGAACCGGCGCUGGGGGCCUGGGGCCAUGGUGUAGCGGAGGCGCCGGGCGGAGCAGCGGGGGGCACCAUGAUCAUUGAGAACGUGGACGCCCUCAAGACCUGGCUGGCCAAGUUACUGGAGCCGAUAUGUGAUGCAGAUCCUUCAGCCUUAGCUAACUACGUCGUGGCAUUAGUCAAGAAAGACAAACCAGAGAAAGAGCUGAAGGCUUUCUGUGCCGAUCAGCUAGACGUCUUUCUGCAGAAAGAAACUUCAGGUUUUGUAGAUAAACUAUUUGAAAGUCUGUACACAAAGAACUACCUUCCUUCCCUUGAACCAGCAAAACUAGAACCGAAGCCUGCAGGUCAGGAAAAAGAAGAAAUCAAAGAGGAGAUAUUUCAAGAGUCGUUUGAGGAAGAACGAGAUGGCAGGAAAAAGAAGUAUCCUAGCCCACAGAGAAACCGUUUAGAUUCUAAUGAACAAAGAACCAGAGAGAAAAAGAGAGAUGAUGGCAAAUGGAGAGACUAUGACAGAUACUAUGAUCGGAAUGAUUUAUAUAGAGACAAAUACGACUGGCGAAGAGGCAGGAGUAAAAGUCGUAGUAAAAGCAGAGGGUUAAGCCGAAGUCGUAGCCGCAGCGGGGGUAGAAGCAAAGACCGGGAUCUGAACAGAAAUAUUGCUGAACACAAGGAGAGAGCAAAAUUCAAGAGUGAAAGGAAUGACAUGGAGAGCUCAUAUAACACAGUGUCUUUGUCAUCCAGUAAUUCUACUGAACAGUAUUCCUCUGCGCAGUCUAUUCCCAGUGCUGUUACUGUGAUUGCACCUGCUCACCAUCCUGAGAACACAACAGAGAGCUGGUCAAAUUAUUAUAACAAUCAUAGUGUUCCCAAUUCAUUUGGCAGAAACCCUCCACCUAAAAGACGAUGUCGAGAUUAUGAUGAGCGAGGAUUUUGUGUACUUGGCGACCUUUGCCAAUUUGAUCAUGGAAAUGACCCUUUAGUAGUAGAUGAAGUUUCAUUGCCAAGCAUGAUUCCUUUUCCACCACCACCCCCAGGACUCCCCCCUCCUCCUCCUCCUCCCCCUCCUCCUGGAAUGCUAAUGCCUCCAAUGCCAGGCCCAGCUCACAAUAUGAGAAUGCCAGGCCCACAAAUACAUCCUCGGCCACCACCUCCUGUUGUGCUUCCUGUAUCAAGACCACCUUUAACACAGUCAGGUUUGAUGAAUAACCGUGACCAGCCUCGGACAAGUUCAGUGCCCAAUCUUGCACAAGUGGGAGCAAGACUACCUCCUCCUUUACCCCAGAACCUACUGUAUACAGUAUCGGAACAUACGUAUGAGCCAGAUGGUUAUAACCCAGAAGCACCUAGUAUUACCAGUGCUGGUAGAUCUCAAUACCGACAGUUCUUUACUAGAACACAGACACAGCGUCCAAAUCUGAUUGGCCUAACAUCUGGGGAGAUGGAUACAAAUCCAAGAGCGGCCAACAUUAUCAUCCAGACUGAAACUCCCAUUUCCAUUGCAAAUAACAGCAGCAAUGUAACCAGAGUGGUGCUUGAGCCAGACAACAGGAAAAGACCUCCAAGUAGCAUGGAAGGGCCAUCUGUAAAGAAACCCUGGAUGGGAAAGCAAGCCAAUAACCAGAAUAAACCAGGAUUUCUGAAAAAGAAUCAGUAUACUAACACCAAGCUGGAAGUUCGAAAAAUCCCACCUGAGUUGAAUAAUAUUACACAACUCAAUGAACACUUCAGCAAAUUUGGAACUAUUGUUAACAUUCAGGUUGCUUUCAAGAAUGAUCCUGAAGCUGCCCUAAUUCAAUAUUUAACUAACGAUGAGGCCAGAAAGGCCAUUUCCAGCACAGAGGCAGUUUUAAACAAUCGAUUUAUAAGGGUGCUGUGGCAUAGGGAAAAUGAGCAGCAACCACCACUGCUGCAGCAACACCUGCACCAUCACCAGCAGCAACCACCACAAUCUCUGCAUCACCAGCUUCAUCUUCAACAACAAACGCUGACUGCCCAACCUCCAGCUGCAACGGUACAUAGCAAUGUGUCAAAGGUGAUAACUAAACCACUGGCAUCGGGUGCCUAUGUCCUUAAUAAGGUUUCAGUUAAACGUCGCCUUGGAGCAGCAGGUGGAAACCAGACAGAUGCAGCACAUUUGUUAAAUCAGUCCAGCGCUACUGCAGAGGAUUCUCAGACAUUUUCUACUUCUACAAGCCAUACAAAAAUGGUGUAUAAUUCCCCAAACUUAAAGACCUCUGUGAAAUCUGGCACAGGAUCUAAAUCCCAUGAUGUUCAAGAGGCCCUUAAAAAGAAACAGGAGGCAAUGAAGCUUCAACAAGAUAUGAGAAAAAAGAAGCAGGAGAUGUUAGAAAAACAAAUAGAAUGCCAAAAGAUGUUGAUAUCUAAGCUGGAGAAAAAUAAGGCCACGAAACCAGAGGAGAGGGCAGAAAUAAUGAAGACCUUGAAAGAACUAACAGGAAAAAUCUCUCAAUUAAAGGAUGAAUUGAAAACUUCAUCUGUAGCCUCCACACCGUCAAAACUGAAGUCCAAGACAGAGGCACAAAAAGAGCUUUUAGAUGCAGAACUGGACUUUCAUAAAAGAUUGUCUUCUGGAGAAGAUACAACAGAGUUGAGGAAAAAGCUCAGUCAACUACAGGUUGAAGCUGCCCGUUUAGGUAUCUUGCCUGUAGGUCGAGGAAAGGUGAUAUCUGCUCCGGGCAGAGGAAGAGGACGAGGUCGUGGUGGGAGAGGAAGGGGCACAUUGAAUCAUAUGGUGGUAGAUCACCGCCCCAAAGCUCUAACCGUCGGUGGCUUCGUAGAAGAGGAGAAAGAUGAAUUAUUACAACACUUCUCUAAAUUUGGAGAUAUUGAAGACCUCCAAGAAGAGGAUUCUCCUUUAAGUGUCGUUCUAACUUUUAAGUCCCGCUCAGAAGCUGAAAAUGCUGCUAACCAGGGAUCAAGAUUCAAAGACCGAAGACUACAGAUAUCAUGGCACAAACCUAAGGUACCUUCUGUGUCCACAGAAAUUGAGGAAGAGGAGUCCAAGGAAGAGGAGACUGAAACCUCAGAUUUAUUUUUGCACGAAGAUGAUGACGAUGAUGAUGAAGAUGAAGACGAAUCCCGUUCUUGGAGAAGAUAAAACUUUAUUUGGAAUUGUAUAGUUUUAGGAAUAUAGUUUGAACUACAACUUUUAAAAAUUUAUUUAAGAAAGUUGAUGAGCCAAAAAAUUUUUAUUUUACUUUCUUUUCAAAACACACAGUAGAUUUCAAGUGAGAACAAGUUUGUGAUAUGAACGUGUCAGAUACUUAGCUGUGCUACUAGAUCAGCCAAAGCUUUGCCCAGUGACUUUUUACAGAGUUAAAAAGAUCAUCAGUGGUGGUAGUCCUCCUAUAAAGAAGAAACUUAUCAAUAUUGUCAAGCCCUUUUUUCACGUCACCUGUAUUAUCUUGUUUUUUAAUGCUUUGAUUUAUUAGAUAUAAAAGAAAAGAUGUUACAGGUUUUAUUUAGUAAUAUAAGAUUGCAGGAGAGAGCUGCAGACACGUUUUCAUUAAAUGUCAGUUGCUUCAUGUUUGCUAACUCAAAAAGGGUAGCAUUUUAUUACAUGCGAAGUCAACUAUUAUAGGAAAUAUUUGUGUCUGAAUUCAUUUUUUUGCUUCAAGACCUGUCUUGAGUCACACACAACUUCAGUGUAGAAGACCCCAACUUUUCUUCAUUUAAGUGUUUUGUUUUCUGUUUCCUCUUGCAUACUUUAACAGUGUAUUAGUAUGAUACUGCCUGAUACUAGUUCACUGUAAAUUGCUUUAAAUCCUGUUUCACUGUGAAACAUUAGCAGUGACACUGAUAUCUGGGUCAUUAGCAUAUUGUUUCCAUUCUUUCACUGUCAGUGUCAAUUUCUUCGUAUGGUUUGGAUACAAGGUUCAAGCUUAAUCUAGGCUGUUGAUUUAUUGCAUUGUCAGUAUUGAUAAAUGUCAAUCCUGUUAAACUGUAUAGAGUUCUAAAACAAUCAACCAUGAGAACCCUCUUCUCCCACCUCUGCAAUGUGACCAGGUCUGUCACUUUUAUUAAUAUUCAGGCCAAACCCAUACAGUGUUCAGAGCAAGUUUUGUCGUUUUUUGGCCCAUGGAAGGUCAAUAUCCUACUAUACUAAACCAGCACUUUAAGUGAUACGAUUCUUAAGACUAGUGUUUAAAACUCACUUUAGGAAAACUAUUUGUAUUUAUAUCUUAAAGUGCAGUUUAGUUUAAAAGCAGGUAAGACAGACACUAUGAAAUUUUCAAUUGCCUUUGUCUUUAGACCACUUUAAAACAAAAAAAAAACCACCAAAAAAGAAAUGAUGGUGAUUGUGGUAGAAAUGGGGCUAAUAAGUUUAGACCCUCGAGAGCUAUAGAUCUUCAUAACUCUGUUAUGUGGGUCUUGCUGUUCGUGAGCAUAACUACAUUAUCCAGUAGGCUUUUUCCUUCACUCUGUAUGCAUCUGUACUGUACACUUUGUACAGUAGGAGUUAUCUGUUAUGUAAGUACCCAUGUAAAAUAGUAUCUUUGCAGUCUGGAUGUCAGUUUGAAGGAGCAGAGCAAACAUACUCUUACCAACUGCUGGGAUACUAAACAGCUUUGUUAUAUACAUGUACCAAAUGCAUACAUUCUUGGCUUUAGAAAUCAUAUUGCUUUCAGAUAUUUAGCACACCAGAGUAUUUGGCAAUUGGUUCCUGAUUCAAAAUAAAUACAGCAAGUACCAGAAAUUUUAAUUUAGGCUGAACAUAGCUAGUUACUUGAAGUCACGUUCCUUCAGGUUGCCCCGUGUACUCUUCCUCUCCAUUUGAGUAUCCUUUUGCUGUGGUAAUAUGUAAAAGAAACCAAAACUUUAUCGUUUUAAGUUUCAGUAUCAGUUGGAGGGAAUAUGUCCCUCAAUAUUUUCCCCCUUCAUAUUAAGACUUCCAUUUUGUAGUUAAAUACUGCGUUCCUACUAAUGCUGAGUUUAAAUUAAAUGUAUGAAGGAAUGAUGAAAAAAACAUUAAUACUUUGAACCUAGAAGAAUAAUCCUUGCUCUUCUCCCACCAUCUCUAAUAUUUUCUUAAUGUCUGUGGCUCAGUGUAUAUUUUGAAAGAUCCAUUACAGGAAAUGUUUGAGUCCUGACAGUUUAAAAAAAUGAUAGAGGGAACAAAGGAUUUAUAUAUUUUUUUUGUACAGAGUUUUUUCUUAAACUGUAUAAUUUUGUAAAUAUUUUUCUUUUUGUGUACUAAAACUACCAGCGUAUAGAUUUCAAUAAGAAUUGUUGUAUUUUUGUAUUUGGAAACUGAAGAUUACAGUGAAUGAAUGAAGCUGUAAGAGAAAUUUCAGUAGCCUUUGACACAGUUAAACAGAAUGGGGUUUCCUUUUCAUAUGGUUUUAGCUCCAAAAGGACACACCUUAUUGGCACACUUUGUUGAGAGACACUUUUGCCCUUGCUCAUAUGUAUUGGCUUUUUUAGUUAGGUGAGAUAGGCGAGAGGCAAGGGUGGAAGAUUUAUUUAAUGGGCCUUGGAGAGAUUUAUAUAACAUUUUUCUUUGGUAUGCACAUUGGUAGCCUUACAUACAUCCUCAAGUGACAUCCCAAACAUGAUUUUUAAGCAUUGAAGCACAAAAGUGAGUUGUGCCUCUGAACUUAGCUUGUGUAUUAAAAACAUGCUAUUAUAUUAUUGGGAGUAUAAAUGAUAGGCAGCAUAACUGUAAUUGAUUAAAUUCUGGUAUUUAAGGAGUGGGAAAGCUGUUUGAAAGUGACCUUCAUUUUGCCAAAGCUAGAGGAUCUCCCUGUGUUGUAUUUUACGGCUUAGUAGGUAAUACUAAAUUGUUUAUUUUUAAGUAGGUAACUGAGAAUGCACAUUUUUAUGGUAACAUUUUAUUUUUAUUAUGAAAUGAUAAUGUACACCUUCAAAAAGUACAGUUGACUUAAUUCAUAAUCAGUACUAUAUCUGUAUAUGCAUACCAAGCAACUUAUGUAUAGGAAAUUUAAAAUAAAAUGUUACCAAACUAAAGCCUAGUUUACAGACCAUACAGCUGUAUAUGCUAAACAUUAAACUUUGGAAUGAAGAAUUAUUCUUCAUUUCUUUAUUAUCAAAUUAAGUUCUUGAGCAUAACAAAGCCCAUGAGCUGUAAAGAUUCAUUUGAAAACACUUGCCCAUUUAUGAUGAAAACGUUUCAGCAGUUUUUAACAAAAUCAUGUGAAAAGGAAUAUAAGUUCCUCUUGAUGUAUAGUAAACUUGUACUAUAGUUUUUACAAAAUUGUGAACUUGUGUAAUAGUAUAAUAGGAGAUAUUGUUGAAUUUCUAACUGUUUAUACAUUUAAAUUCAUAUAUGUAAUGUUUGUUUUAUUGAUUACAAUCUGAAUUUCUAAGAUGCAUGUUGACUUUUUGCAAUAAAGAUAUAAUAUGGAAUGGUUCAAGAUUUAAAAAAAGAAAAAAGAAAAAGCUACAAAUAACUCUAACUUAAAAAAUUGGAAAACUGAAGAACCAUUCCAAAAAAUUACAACCAUCACAAAAAGAGCUAUA